UUAAAUUUAUCGCAUAUUACAGUGUAGUUGUGAAAUUUGUAAAAUAUGUCUGCUGUAAAUCCGUCAGCUACUGUAGUGGUGAACUCGCCAGCCAAUGUUCAAUCACCUAUGCUGAAGAAAUAUAAAAAGAUCAUGGUGGGAUUAUGUAUAUCCGAAACCGUUCUGGGAUCGAUCAGUAUUUUACUGGGUAUUGUAUUGGCUUGCUUUUCAAGUAGCGGCGCAGGAAUAUGGUGUGGAAUUUGGAUACUGGUUGCUGGUAUUCUUGGAAUAGUAGCUUCCCGAAAACGAACGACUCCGUGUCUGAUCAACUGCCACAUGGGAUUCGCAAUCACCGCUUCCGUUUUCUCAGCCAUACAAGUGACGGUCGCCUCUGUACAAAGUAUAUAUAUGUGGUCUUCAGUGGCUACUGCCUUUUCAAUUGUGUUGGUGAUCAUUGGUUUGGCAGCGUUUAUAAUAUGCAUUGUGAGUGCCAGUUACUGCUGUCCUCUACAUACCGCUCUUACAGGAAGCUACGGGUGUUGUGGCGCAGGAUGCUGUGAUGAGAUUUCUGUUCACCACCAAGCUGGAACUCGUGUGGUAUACUUGCAGCAACAACCCGCUCAAAACCAAGUGGUUCAGUAUGCCGGCCAACCACAACUAAUUGUGCAAAACCCAGGUGGCCAACGAUUCUUGAGCACACCAUACGGAUACACAAGUAUCCCGACCAAUGCACAGCAGUUCGUUAUUGUACAAGGACAGCCAGGUCAACCACAAGGCAUGGUCGUGGGAAACCAACCAAUAGCAAAUGUGCAAAACUCUCAACAAAUGUCCAGUGUUCAGUUACAGCAAGCACAAGGUGUGACAGCGAAUUCUGAAGCGGCAUCUCAAAAGCAGACGGAAGCCGAGGCUUCCAGCAAUCAAACCGAGAAUACGGUUAAUCCCUCAGCCUUUCCAGCCAACCCACCAGCCUAUUUUCCUAACUGAUUAUUUGACUAAAAUCGUUUGACUUUUGUAAAUUGCGUAAAAACGGCGAUGUACGUACUAUAUAAAUUCCCGUUAUCCCAUAUAGGCGUCUGCUUUUGAAAUCAUUUGUUUAAUAAGUAUUUUAUUGGCACUCAUCAAACUUCCCGGGGGAAGACUUAAAUGGAUAGAAAUCAAGGCACGAAUCUCAUUUAUGAAACAUAACUUUUUUAUUGUCACGAGCGAUUUUCUGAUUUUGGCGCAAUUGUCAGUUUGCAAGUUAAAUAAAUUGCCGCACAUUAGUGUCCCA